UCCAUCGUCUUCCUUGUUCGUCAUCUCACCACACUCCGCCAUUAAAAUAUUACCAAAACCAAUCAUCUCCGAAUCCAGCUUGUUUUCCUCCCUUUAUAAACAAUUAAAACUUUAUAUAGUAGCUUAUAAUUAAAUAAUCAAAUUAAAAUUCUGUUCCUUUCUUUCCUGAGAUUCUGUUGUAGAGAAACGGCAUCUCCAAUUUUAACUGAGAUUUGCUAGGAUCCUUCAGAUCGUAGCUGAAUCUGGAAUCCUCGUUGCGAUGGGUUCUAACUCCGUUGUUGACAUGAUACAAGCCUCCUCCAAGGUUCAUUUUUCUGGUUUCCAUGUGAACGGGCACGUGAAUGGAUUGGCGCAAAAGGCAGUUUCCAAGGAAACCAUUUCUGCAUCAGGAGAGAUCCAAAGACAGCCUUUUGUAAUAGGUGUUGCUGGAGGCGCAGCAUCGGGAAAGACUACUGUCUGCGAUAUGAUCAUCCAGCAACUGCAUGAUCAGCGUGUUGUACUUAUUAAUCAGGACUCAUUCUAUCAUAGUUUGACUGAAGAAGAGCUUGCUAGAGUUCAUGAAUACAACUUUGACCAUCCGGACGCAUUUGAUACGGACCAUUUGCUAUCUUGUAUGGAGAAACUGAGGCAAGGUGAAGCGGUAGAUAUUCCCAAAUAUGAUUGCAAAACUUACAAGAGCAGUGUCUUCAGAAGGGUAAACCCUACGGAUGUAAUAAUUCUUGAAGGGAUACUUUUGUUCCAUGAUCCUCGUGUCCGAAGAUUGAUGAACAUGAAGAUUUUUGUUUGUACAGAUUCUGACGUUCGUCUGGAAAGAAGGAUAAGAAGAGAUACUGUCGAGAAUGGUAGAGAUGUCGGCACAGUACUUGACCAGUACUCAAAGUUUGUAAAGCCUGCUUUUGAUGACUUCAUUCUUCCCACGAAGAAAUAUGCAGAUAUUAUAAUCCCUCGUGGUGAGGACAAUCAUGUAGCUGUUGACUUAAUUGUGCAACAUAUUUGCACCAAGCUGGGUCAACAUGAUCUCUGUAAAAUAUAUCCUAAUCUCUAUGUUAUACACUCAACAUUUCAGAUAAGAGGGAUGCACACCCUUAUACGAGACGCUCAGACAACCAAACAUGAUUUUGUCUUUUAUUCUGAUCGUUUGAUUCGGCUGGUCGUAGAACAUGGUCUUGGACAUCUUCCUUUUACUGAAAAGCAAGUAAUCACUCCAACCGGAUGUGUGUAUUCUGGUGUGGAUUUCUGUAAACGGUUAUGUGGUGUCUCCGUGAUUAGGAGCGGUGAGAGCAUGGAGAAUGCGCUGCGAGCAUGUUGCAAAGGUAUCAAGAUCGGGAAGAUCCUAAUUCACAGAGAAGGCGACAAUGGUCAACAGCUAAUCUAUGAGAAGCUACCAAACGAUAUCUCGGAGAGGCACGUCCUACUGUUGGAUCCUAUUCUCGGCACAGGAAACUCAGCAGUUGAAGCUAUCAAUCUCCUUAUUAGCAAGGGUGUACCCGAGGGGAACAUUGUAUUUCUAAACCUUAUCUCAGCACCUCAAGGUGUUCAUGUGGUCUGCAAAAAAUUCCCAAGAAUAAAGAUAGUGACAUCUGAGAUUGAUGAUGGGUUAAACGAAGAGUUUCGUGUUAUUCCUGGAAUGGGCGAGUUUGGGGACCGAUAUUUUGGCACAGACGACGACUAGUUGUGGUCCUCCUGCAGCAUUACUUGUCCCUUCCAUGGACUGCAGUGCAGAUUAUGGAUUCAUCCACCGUCCUAUCCGCUGCAACUGCUACCCAAACUAUCAAACGAAUCAUCUUUAACUCUGUUGGUUUUCCCAUUUAAACGUCCUCAAGUUCUUGGGAACAGUUUUGAGUUACUUUGUUCUCUGCAAGUCCUGUGCAAUAUAGAAUUAUCCUUGGAAAAUUUAAUGUUCCUUCAGAAACUCGUGUGUGUCAUAUAUUAAUAUCCUUGGAACU